AGCAUGCGUAUCGGAUACAAAUAUAGGAACGCUAUCAUAUGACAUGAUUUUAUAUACUUUAUUAAUAUGAUACGUUCAAACAGUGUAUAAAUCGAGAUUUUACACAACGGAUAUUAUUUUGAUCACUUAAAUGAUUUUGAAAUUUUCUUCCUUGAUAGGCAUAUCUAGUUAAUUAAAUUCACAUUAUCGUGGGUUAGAAUACGGGUUGUAUUUUAUAUUAUUUUUAAACCAUUAUAUUGAUAACUCUGACUGUUUCAUGUGUGUUUUACCCGAUAAAGGAAGACGAUUAUGGAAUUUUAUCAGUCUUAACAGUGUGUGUUUUGUAAUAUAAAGUAUUUUAACGUUUGUUUUGAAAAGACUUAAGAUUUUGUGUGUGUGAAUUUGUUUUUGACAAAUGCAGCAGUCAAGUGGUAGCACAAAGGAAUAGGUAUUUCUGGACAUAUAUGUAUGGCUACAAUCUAGUAUGAAAUGGUCUCAGAAAACAACAAAAGGUUAAAGGAAUGCAGAUAAUGUACAAUGUCGAACGAUUUUGUUUCUCCUGAUUUUAUUUCUAAUUGAACUGCAUUUAACUGUGAAUGUGUGGUGUAAAACAAGAAGUGAUGCAUUAUGCUAAGAACGUUUAAGUAUUCUCAUGUAUAAACUAUAAACAGUUAAAAACUUAACGUGUUGAAAUAUGAUAUAAAGAUUAAAAUGUAUUCAACUAUUCCAAAAGAGUGGAGAAGUGACUUUAACAGUAACGUCACCAUAGAGGAAUUGAAUGCUACACUCGUUAAACUUCAUAUUCCAACCAUUGUGCUUAUAUCAAUAUUUAUGUGCGUCGGUGUAUUCGGAAAUAUAUUAGUGUUAAUUAUCUACACGAAUUACAAGUCAUCUACAUACAAGAGUUUCAUUGUUUGGCUUGGAUGGAUGGAUUUGCUUGCGUGUUUGGUGGGCAAGCCGGCACUCAUCAUCAGCAUGUUGUAUCCGUACAUAUCGCCGUCAGAGAUCCUCUGUAGAUGGUCAAGGUUUCUUCACGUUUUUAUCAGUGUUAGUGCCGCCUUGAUAUUUCUAGCAAUUUCUUAUGAAAGAUACAAAAAGAUCUGUUUUAUGGAUUUGCAUCAGCUGAGUUACAAAAGAGUCAAUAUCAUAUGUCUUCUUGCAGUAAUAUCAGCAUGUAUAGUAGCUGUUCCCGCACUGUUUGUUUUCGGGGACGCGGAUGUAAACACUGGAGUGCAAAAUGUAACUGGUGUGGAAUGCUUUAUAGACCAGAGAUAUAAAUCUUCGUAUUUACCGAAACUGUACUUCCUUUUUCAACUGUUACUCUGCUUAAUUUCGGUUUUCACGAUGUGUAUAUUUUACAUACGAAUAUGGAGGACAUUACGAUGGCACAGAACGUUUGUUUACGAGCACACAUUCAAAUCAUUGAGAUGUAUCGGUACACAACGAAAUGGAGCCGGCAGGCCGCCAUCAAACUCAGAAAAUUUUAUUAUGACAAAUUUAAGAAGGGAAGACGAUAAAAGCAUUACAGGAGAAGCAGCAAAGGUAAAGGCAAGAAAUGGACAAGAACGUUUUGAGAGAGGUGCAACGAACACUGCUGAUUGUACUGCUGUGAGAAAUAUUAAUCUGGACAAUUCUGAGGAAAGUGUUCACAAAUCGCAAAGAAACUUACUGUCAGCACAAGCUAACGAUAGAUACAUACAAGCUCAAAAUAAAUAUACAAAAGAAAUAACCAAAAUGUUGUUUAUUGUGACAGUUGUGUUUAUUUUAGCUUUUCUACCUCACCUUGUACUCAUGUUAACGAACGCUUUAAGGCCUCAGACUUUUAGGGAACUGUCACCUGCAGGCGUUAUUGCUUACACGUUUUUCCUGAGAACGUUUGUGAUCAAUAAUAUGGCAAAUCCUAUCGUGUACUUUGUAUGUCUAGGAACAUUUCGCUCUAUGUGCUUUCAUAAGUUCAGGAAAAUAUGCCGAUGUUUAAACAGCAAGGAGAAUGGAACUAAGUAAUUACAGCCGGAGGCGCACUGAAGAUGCAAUGUGGAACAAUACUGUGCAAUAUUUAACAUUUACUUUCUGCCAAAUACUCAAUCGUUUGUUUUUAUUAUUGGUCUAAUGUCCAAAACAGAUUGAUGUCUUAAAGUGAAAGUUGGGUUUUAGUUUUCUUUUCAAUUGUUAUUUAGUAAAUCGGCUACACUAAAAGGAAAAAGAAUUCAAUAUAGUAUGCGAGUCAGCACUUUUUCGUAUUAAGCGCAGUUGCAAACCAAGGAACUUGGAAUCAACCUUUUAAAAAAAUCUACCUUGAAUUUUCGAAACACCUAUCUAGUCUAAAAAUAUGUUUUAAUUGCUGUUACAUAAGCUUUCGUAGCCUCAAACGAAGACAUAAAUUAUGCUAUCUUAUUUUGGAAAGUUUGAAUUAAGAUUUUGAAUUAUAAAAGUAGUUCAAAGAUAAAAUAUUGAAGUAUUUGCAUCUCCUUAGAACAGCAGUAGUUUUAUUUUUAUUAGUGUUUCAUUAGUAAAUGAAACAUAUAAAAAUACACUAAACACACAAAAUGUAAUAAGUGAGGCAGCUCAGAUAAAACAUCACUAAAGAGACAUACCGAGUGAUAAGGAGCUGCUGUGUUUGAUUACCUUGCAUAAUAUAUUUGAUGGAUAGGUUAUAAAUUAUUUACAGUAAACGAUGCCGGAUGAAGAUAGCUUUAGGACAUUAAGCAUUACUUAAAUUAGCAUCGCCUAUGAUGAGCAAGUCCAUCUUUGCAAGUAGACUGACUGUUUGAAAAAUCUUCACGAGGAACUUCUGUUACAAAAAGAAAAUGUUCUCUUAGUGUCGUUCCGUGGUGGUUACAUUGUUCAUCUAUCAAAACAGUACACUUUAUUUGCAUGUAUAAAAAUGAUCUUAGCAAACAAUUUAAUAUUUAAAGUGUUUUUUUUUUUACCUGGUACUGAAGUUAAUGAAUGUUAUAGACUUGGAGGUGCUGUUAAUACACGUUUUUUUCACCGAAAGUUUGUAAUCAGUUGUAUGGUAAAUCCUGCUAAUCUAUGUGCUGAAGGAAAACAUGCAUACUCUUAAUGAAAGAUAAAAAUUGAACUGAAUAAGUACAAUGCACGUAAAAUUGUAAAUAAGUCGGAAAUGCUGCCAAAUAUAAACAGUACUUUUUUAACCUUUACUUUACACAAGACUCUUAAUCAUUUUAAAGUGCACUGUUAGUCUUUAACUGAUAAUGUUUGUACUAUUACAGUGCAGUCAUGGCUGCAUUUGGCUUUCUGUAUUUUUAUCUAUUACAUGUGUUGUUGAUAAUUGUAUUGUCAAGGUUUUAAUAUAUCUUAUUAGUCUCAUCUUUGUGGAAAUCGAAACAAAAGAACGUAAUGUAAGAGCUAUCCAAAUUCUUGGUACCAGACUGAUAUUUCGAAAUGGGAGCGAAAUUUAAGAUAAAUAUGUAUAAACAUACUAAAAAUAAAGAUUGAUUCUAUAUAGAUGUUAAUUUUUUAAGUUCUUAUCCUUACCAAGGCGCCCGGAAUCGUUGAUUAAACAUAAUUCUGGAAAAUUUCUAGUUUUAAUACUUAUAAAAAUAAAAACAAUCGCAAGAAAUGAAAUAAUCGUUUGAUAGUCAUGAAUAAUAUUUUUGGUAGAUAAACCAGAAAAGCCGUUUUUAUAUAUGUACAAAUGGGAUUUCAUUUACAUGCAGGAUGAUUUUCCUUUCCAUAUGCCGGGUUCAGGCGUUAUUCAAUGCUAUUCGGAUAAUGUCACCAAACCAACGUUAUUGAAGAUAAUCACCUUGAUGUACUAUUUAGAACGUAUUGUGUUAUAGCGUCAGGACAGAAAAGUUUACACGUUACCGGGUACGUAAGUUCAAAGUAUGAAUUUAAAGCAAACAACACAUAUAAUAUUCAUCAAUAAAACUGUGGUUUUAUUCUACAUGUAUAUAUCAACUCGCACUGAUGUUAAUAAAUACUGUAAGAGCAAAGUCUUUGAGGGAAACUAUCACUGUAAUAAAUCAAUGUUUUCUCCAUUUUUUUUUCUGAGAUUUGUUUUAAUAAUGGCAAAUAUCACCUCGCGUAUAUUGUUUUGUUUUGAAACAUUUCGUUCUAUGUGCUUUGAUUUGUUUAUCAAAUAUUGUCUCUCUUUUAACGUCAAUAGAAUAAAAUUGAAUGAUUAAAUUAAACAGCCAGAGGCGUACCGAUUCUGUAAAACAUAAUGAGAAACGGCAUAUUUAUAACUCGUCCUGAGACAGGUUUCAUUUUGAUUUAUUAUUGCUCAUCAAUUAAUCAGCACCAAGAUACCGUGCGCCGGUAUGCAUCGUCUUGUUUUCUAUUGACCUCAGAAGGACCUUUGCUAAACUUUUAUUUCUGUUUACAUAGCGCACAGAAGUGUUUUUAUGUAAACUGUUUACAGGGAAAUUGCUAUUAUUUCACUUUUCCCAGAAAAUCUGGUUUAUGUUUAUGUAGAAGUUGAACAUCAUGUUUGGUUUCCAGAAGAAUACUUAGAAAGUUUUCAGAAGAAGCGUCAUUUAAAAAAAAAUAGCGAUAACAUCUUAAAGAGGAUUGUUUUGGUGUAACGAAAGCAAUGAAAGUUUCGUUUGUUUACCAUGUAAAACCACACAAUAUGCCUCUCGUGUGCAUCGCAGUUACGCCACAGUCUCAAAUAUAAUUAUAUUGCAUCUGCCGUUCUGAUUGAAAAUGUUUCUAUGAUCAAUCCAAACAAACAUUUAUAGAGGAAAGUUUGCGUGAAAUUGUAAAUUGGUAACGGAUGUCUUGUAGUACAAAUAUUUGAAUUGAAAUUGGUUUUCUACCAUUGGUCCGGUUGGUUACCACAAAUUGUAAAGACAAAAACAAUUUAAACAAAAAAAGAAAUUAUCUUCCCUUUCCCUUUGUCCUUUAACUAAAUACCUUUAUAAAAAUUGCAAACGGAGUCAAAGUUGGUACUUUUAUAUAGAUAUUCGUAAUUAACUUUUAUUUCUUAAUCGAUACAAUCAAAAUCUUGUUCAUUGUAAUUAGAUGAAGUCAAUUCUGGUAACAGUAAGAGCUAAGUAGAACAUUUCUAUAAAAGUCUAAGAAUGGAAGUUAAUUAGCCACUUACAAACUAUCUAAAGUUAACAGGACACCAUGAUUAUAUGACACAAUUCAAUAUACGCAUUACUGUACAGGCAAUAGAAUCUCUAAACGGAUAGAUUUAUAUAUGAUCAUACAGCUUAUCACUAAGAAUGGAAGUUAAUGAGCCACUUACAAACUAUCUAAAGUUAACAGGUCACCAUGAUUAUAUGAUACAAUUCAAUAUACGCAUUACUAUACAGUCAAUAGAAACAUUUAGGUGGCGUAUAAGGUUAAAACCGUAGAAUGUUUGUAAACUAUCAAUAUCCUAUAGUUUAAAUCUCUAAACAGAUAGAUUUAUAUAUGAUCAUACAGCUUAUCACUAAAACCGAUACAGGACUCUGAAGGGAAUAGAAUGUCUUCACCACCAACCCUCUUAGCUCAGUAGGGAGAGCGUUGGACUACAGAUCGCGGGGUCGCGAGUUCAAUCCCUGGACGGGGCGUAUGUUCUCCGUGACGAUUUGAUAAAAGACAUUGUGUCUGAAAUCAACCUCUGAUAAUUAAUGUGGGGAAGUUGGCAGUUACUUGCUGAGAACAGGUUUGUACUGGUACAGAAUCCAGGAACACCGGUUAGGUUAACUGCCCGCCGUUACAUGACUGAAAUACUGUUGAAAAACGGCGUUAAACCCAACACAAACAAACAAAAUACCCACCAACACUUUUGAACAGGGCUUAAAGCUGGAGGUAGCUCCCUACAUUUUAACUAUAUUUCAUAGUCUAGUCCCUGUCUGAGGAAAUCUUGACACAAAGAUAAGAAUAAAAGUUUACGACUGUUUUACCUUAAGGAGUGUAACUCUGACUACCACUGAACACAUAAUGGCAUAAAAUGAAUUGGAAGACAUACGGCAAAUUUUGUAGCACAGUUCUCAAGAGUACGAAUAUUUUAUAAAAUGAAGUAAAAGUUUUGGGUAUAGGGGUCUUCCUGUAAACCUUCUUCUAAAAACUGAUGAUGAGCAAAGCAUGUCAUUACUUUCAAGGACAAUUAUCCUGUUUUAGUUCUCAAGAACUAUAGAUAUGUUUAUUUUUUUAGAGAUUAAAAUACUUUUACCGAAAUGUGUAGGUUUUUACGUCUUUUAAAUGCAAUAACAAAUAUAAACCUUUGAAGAUUUUAGAAAAUGAAAUUUCAACUAAUUUUAUUUCUAGCAUAAUCUAUAAUAAUAAUUGUUUUGUUACUCUUUUGCACUAAUUGUUUUCAAUUUUCUUUAUGGAUGAAAUACACAAAAAAUGAUAGGUUCAUUUUGCCACAUGAAUACCAUAUUGUAUCGUUUAAUAUUGGAAAUAGCAAGAACAAGGAAAACCGCAAGACAACCAAGUGGCGGAAAGACUCACCGCAACAAGCCACAUGUAAGAGUGCACAAUUCGCCAGAGAUAUCAAAGAAGCACACAACUAUAGACCACCAAGGACCUCCGCCCUCCGUGAAAUCAGGCACUGAACUUCUUAUCAAGAAACUGCUAUUCAAACAUCUCUUACAGGAAAUUGCACAGGAUUUCAAUACUGAUCUCUGGUUUCAGAUUUCAGCUGACUUAGUUGUUUAGGAGGCCGUGCAAACCUACUUGGACGGGCUUUUGAGGGUACCAACUUGUGAGCUGUCAACGUCAAACGUGUCACCAAGCAAUUUGUAGUGCAAGUAAAAAUAAUUCUCAUUUCUAUAUAUAAUUGGUAAUUCUCAUUUCCAUGUAUAACUGGGACCCCAUUGGAAAUAAGUGAUUGAUUUUACUUUGAUGGGUCAUCCCAGGUAUUAAGAUCAUAUCUUUAUUCUAUUUAAUAAAUCAUAAAGUAUAAUUGACGUAAUUCUUCAUGUAUUACUUAGCACAUCUAUUUGAAGAUGUUUAUAACAUUAUAAUCAACUCAUUUUAAUCUAUAUAAGCUGUUGUAUACAUGUUUUUUAUUGCAUUAUUUUUAUAUAAUGUUUUAUGAUCUUAUGCCUGAAUAAAUUUGAAUUGAA